GCCGCUUCGACGAGGGAAGGAGGCGCCGAUCGGAGGAUCACCGCGUUAUGACCACGACGAUCGAUGGGCCCUUUGUUUUUCGGCUCAACGAUAACGGUGUUGGGCCUCACCUUCUGCUUCAGGUUUGCAUGGAGAGAGGCUGGCGGGAGUACACGGGCGAGAGCAACGUUUUCAAGGAUCGUUGGAACUUGUGGUGGAAAUCGGGAGGAUUUUCACAAAGCCAUUACAAAUCCUUGCUCCCUUGGCAGUUUAUAAACCGGAUACCAAAGGGCAACUCGAUCUGCAGGAAAGACAAUCUCGCGAGGCACUUGAAGUGCAUGAAGAAGGUCUACGGCAACAUUUACGAUUUCAGCCCCGUAGGGUACAAUCUUCCGUCGGAGUACACGAGACUAGCAGCCGAGUACGGUCGUCUCGAGAAGGACGACCGAGUGUGGAUCUGCAAGCCGGUCGGUCAGAGCCAGGGAAGGGGAAUAUUCUUAUUUCGCAAACUGAGCGACCUGACGUACGACAGCGUGGCGGUGGUGCAGCGUUACAUCGAAAAUCCCCUGCUGAUAGGCGGCUACAAGUUCGACCUGAGGCUGUACGUCUGCGUGCCCUCGUACCGGCCCCUCGCCAUUUACCUCUACCGGGACGGCAUAGUCCGCUUCGCCACGGAAAAAUUUUCUCUCGACAGCAUCGACGAUCCCUUCCGCCACCUCACCAACUUUUCCCUCAACAAACUCGGCCCCGGCUACUACGAGAAGAAGGAGCGAGUUGGCGCUGGGUGCAAGUGGACGUUCCGUCAAUUGAGGCGCUACCUCGAGCAGUCCGGCUACUUGGAUUGGCUCCUGUGGCAGCGGAUAGCCUGCAUCGUGACUCUGACCGUCCUCAGCCAAGCGGCGAGCGUUCCGAGGUCCUCCAACUGCUUCGAGUUCUUUGGCUUCGACGUACUCAUCGACGCGAAUCUCAAACCCUGGCUGUUGGAGGUGAACGUCAGUCCUGCGCUGAGCAACGACUGCGAGGUCGACUCCGAAGUUAAGAAGCCCCUGUUGCACGAUUUGUUCGACCUGCUGGGUCUUCCGGUCUGCAACACUGGGCUUUCGCUCUUCACCAUUUGGGCUUCCGAAAGCGUGGACGAGGAAGAGGAGGACGAGACAAGUAAAUGCAAGGGUUUGAAAAAAAGGUGCAAUAUGACUCGGGAUCCCAUUAGGAUAGUCAACCUUUACUCCGGUGCCACCAAGGCCAUGUUUCAGCAGCGAUCGUCGGACUUGUGCUCAGAGUCGUCGCGUUACAAUCCGUUGUUUGCGGAGAAAAAUCUUCGAAGUAAGGGACCGAAGGGCCAAGGCGGUCGGGAGAAAUCGAAAAAUUCGGCCUGGGACAAUGGACGAGACUGGAGGAAGCCCAGUAAAAAGGAGGGUGCUUGGAUACGCGUCUAUCCGCUGCGGCUAAAGUCGGAGGCUGUCGAGCUUGGCGCCGAGUUCUCGGAAGCUCACAGGGACGUUGAAAAGGAGAUAAAAAAUACAGUACUUUGUGUUCAAAAAUUCUUGAAAACUGCCAAAGAUGUACAUCGUAAAUUUGGAAAGCAAGGCGACGACAAAUGCAACAACAUGCUGCAAGCCGCUUUGGACCUUGGUACUGAAAUUUGGCUACCCAACAAGUAACUGUAGCUUCAUCUGUUGACCACUACAUGUGUUCAAUUUUAAAAUAUGUCUAAGUAGCAAGUGUAAGUGGGUGCGAGU